AUGCCAGGAACAGGCCCCACGCUCCACUGUUGCAUUGGAAAGCCGCGUCGUGCAGGCCUAGGAAGUGUUCCCCGGAACCCGUUUUAAUCCUAGCCCUAACCUUGACAAUGUUCCAGAUGAGGUGAAGUUAUCAUGGGUUUUAUCAACAAACGAAAUUUUGGGAUUGUCCGGUCAAGGAGCAAGCGGGGCGGACGAAGAAUCUGGAAUCAAUGGAGAAGAUGAUGGCAUUAUUGGCAUUUGCAAACAACCACCAGCACUUGCUGUUCGUUCGUGCUAUACUUGGUGUAAAAAGAAAUGUUGAUAUAGAAACAUGAAAGGGUUCAUUGAUGAUCUAGACCUCGACUUUGGACGAAAAGAAAACAUGGAGAUUGGCAGGUUGAUGCUCAUAAAACAACGACAAGAACUCGCCGGUUCCGCGAGUGCCGAUUGCUCCCUGGUGCCCACCAGUCGAGGGGUCAACCGCGAGCAAAACUGGCUGCCCCUCAUGGAAGCUUCGAAACUUCGAAAUGAGGUUCCAUCGGCCUUCUCAGCUUCAUUUGCAUUGUUCCCCUUUCAGACUUUUGACCGUACAACUCCGUAA